AUGGUUAAAUCAAGUGGUUUGAUGCCGUUCUUGGCGAUGGUGUUGGUGCAAAUUGGUUACGCUGGCAUGAACAUUACGUCCAAGAUGGCCAUGGAAUCCGGCAUGAAGCCUCUCAUUCUCGUCGCUUAUCGCCAAAUCUUUGCCACUAUCGCCACUUUUCCGGUCGCAUUUAUUCUUGAACGGAAGACAAGACCCAAGAUCACAAUAAGGGUUCUUCUCCAAAUCUUCUUAUGCUCAAUUACUGGUGUGACCGGAAACCAAGUGCUAUACUUCGUAGGACUUCAAAACUCAUCUCCGACCAUUGCUUGUGCCUUAACUAAUCUCUUACCAGCCGUCACUUUCCUCCUCGCCGCAAUCUUCAGACAAGAAGCCGUAGGGAUAAAAAAACCAUCAGGACAAGCCAAAGUGGUAGGAACAAUAGUAUGUGUGGUCGGAGCCAUGGUUCUAUCCUUCUACCAUGGUCACACCAUUGGUAUUGGAGAGUCCAAGAUCCAUUGGACCUAUGGUCAAAACAUCACGAGCCAUGGCACCAAUUCCACCGGUUCUUCUAACUUCUUCUUGGGACCUUUCUUAAUCAUGGCUGCUGCAGUUUCUUGGGCCGUUUGGUUCAUUAUCCAGACAAAGAUGAGUGAAACAUUUGCAGCACCAUACACAAGCACACUCUUAAUGUGUUUGAUGGGAAGUAUCCAAUGUGGAGCAAUCGCUUUGACCUCUGAUCAUAAACUCUCUGAUUGGUCUCUCACCUCUCCUCUCCGUCUAGUCUCAGCCCUUUACGCGGGAGUGGUGGCGUCUGCGUUAGCGUUCUGCUUAAUGUCAUGGGCGAUACAGAGGAAAGGUCCUCUUUACGUCUCUGUUUUCAGUCCUUUACUUCUCGUAGUCGUCGCGAUUUUCAGCUGGUCUCUUCUUGACGAGAAACUCUACACCGGCACGUUUAUGGGAUCAGCACUUGUGGUUAUUGGGCUGUAUGGAGUUUUGUGGGGGAAAGACAGAGAGAUCAGUGAGAAGGAAGAGGAAGAAGAGAACCAAAAGAAGGUGAAACAACAACACAUUGUCAAAAGAGAUAUUAAUGAUGAAGAUAUUGAAUCUAGAUUACCGGUCGGAGGAGGAGCAGCAGCUGCAGGAGGUAGUGGCAAUGGUUCUGCUAGACCUAUAUCGCCUUAA